AUGGCGAAUGCUACGGAGAACUCUUCCGAGUGGAAGGGGCCGUCGCUGUUCUCUUCAGGCGCCUCGUCUCAUCCCUACGUGACAUACUUCAUUCUCGCCAUAACUUCGUAUGUCACUGUGGUGAAUCUUCUGCGGUUCCGCAUAGUGAAAUGGAUGCACAAGCGAUACAAAUAUCCCACGCGCGAGUCCUUCGCUCGCAUGACCGAUGACGACGCGUGGACGAUUCAGAAAACCAUGCUAGAGCAGGAAUUUCCUUUCUUUUACCUGAAGUCCCUCCAAUUCGCACUAUUCCGAACCUACGGCAUCCCGACCAUCUCUAAGCUGCUCGCGGGCACGGCACAGUUCUCGAAGCCGGAGACCUCCCUGAAGCGCUACGCUGACACGGUGGUCUUGAUCCAGGAGUUUAUGGGCAAUGCUCCAUCGUCUCACCGUGCUCGUAUCGCCAUCGCGCGCACCCGCUGGAUGCACAGUGGGUAUCGCGCCUCGGGUGAGAUCCUCGAGGAUGACAUGCUGUACACGCUAGCUCUUUUCGCCGUGCAGCCCGUCCGAUUCCUGGAGAAAUACGAAUGGCGAGGCGCGACUGACCUGGAGAGAUGUGCCAUCGGUAGCUUCUGGAAGAGCGUUGGCGAUAACCUCAACAUCAGCUACGAUGCCCUGCCGUCAGGCAAGAAUGGAUUCCAGGACGGCUUGCAUUGGUUGGAGGAGGCGAUGGCCUGGGCUGAUGCCUACGAAGCGAAGUGCAUGGUACCCCAUGUCAAGAAUCGAGAAACGGCCGACCAGACCACGGAAGUGCUGCUGUACAUGGUACCUGAGGCGUUCAAGCAUGUUGGCCUGAAGUUUGUGUCCUAUAUGAUGGACGAUCGUCUGCGAAAAGCUAUGAUGUACGACCCGCCUCCGACAGCAUAUGCUCGGGUCUUCGCGGGCUUACUGGCCGCGCGCCGGUUUGCGAUGCGCCACCUCGCUCUUCCCCGGCCGUACAUCUUGCGGUAUAAGACUUUCACGGAUGUGGAUGAGCAUGGUCGCAUCUUCUCCACGGAAUGGGAUGCAGCGCCUUACUACGCGAAACCCACGUUGCGGAACCGCUGGGGUCCAGUCGCCUGGUUGACCUGGGCUUUCGGCCGCCCUUUACCUGGUGAUGAGGGGAAGAAGUAUUAUCCGCAGGGCUACUACGUCCCUGAUGUAGGCCCGAAGUACUUUGAAGGACGGGGCCGGAAAGAUCUGCAGCAGAUUACAGAGGAGUUGGAGUCUUCGCGGAGGGGACAAUGUCCUUUCAUCUAA